AUGGCGCCCCUACCAACACUGCAGAUCACGCGUCUUCGUCUCGUCUCCAGUAUCCCGGUGUACCCUCCCCCCGUGCAGCAAGUCGUGGUGACGCCGCCGCCGCGCCGGGUGUCCUACGUACCCCCCGAGCCGCCGACGUACGUCGAGCCACCCCCCGUGCGGACCUACGUGCGCAAGGUGGUCGUCAAAAAGCCCAUCAACAGCUACCACGUGCCUCCACCCGAGCCGGUAAAGACCUACUAUGUGCAUCCGCCGCAGCCAGCCAAGACCUACUACGUCCCUCCACCGCAACCUGCCAAGACCUACUACGUUCCUCCGCCGUCUCCACCAAAGACCUACUACGUUCCCUCCCAGCCCGUGGUGGUGGAGCCUCCGCGCCGACGUCCGCCGCCGACUCGCCGCGUGUCGUACCAGCCGGCACGCGAGGAAGUGCUGCCCCCUUCGCGGCCAACGUACUACGACACACCGCCGACGCCGCCCAGGCCUGCGGCCGUGCAGGAGGUGUACGUGCCUUCCAGACCCGUGUACCGCGGCUCCUCGUGCUCGGGCUACUGCGGACCUAAGGUGACGGCACGCGUCGAGCCGCGGCCGGAGCCUCCUUCGUACGUCAAGACACGCCAGGACGUCAGCUACUCGGUCAGGAGGGGACCCUACGUUGCACCAAGGUACGAACCGUGGACCCAGUCGUCGUACAAGACGUACCGCGCGUACAACGAGCCGUCGGAGCCGUGGCGUCCCAAGGGCGACGUCCCGAUCGGCGUCUCGUACAAGAUGAGCAUCUCCCGGGGUCCCGGAGGGCCCUACCCGUGGCAGGAGGAAGUGGUCAGCCGGCCCGGUCCUUAUUACCGGCACGCGCAGCCGUCGACGCCGCCCUCGGGACCGCGCUACUACAGGCCCGCUGAAUCUGCGCCCGAGCCGGUCUACCCGUCACGAUCCCAGGGAGGCUACGCCAAGAACGACCUGCAAGACGACGACGACGACACGUACGACUUCAAGAGGCCCAGCUACGGCUGA